AUGAGAUUUGAUCACCUUGCACUGCUCGCUGCUGUUGCUGGAUCUGCAGCAGCGACCCCCGUGAAGAGAGCUUCACCCUUCCAAUGGUUCGGCACAAGCGAGUCGGGAGCUGAGUUCGGCGAGGGCAAUCUUCCUGGUACAUAUGGAACCGACUAUAUUUUCCCAGACACCAGUACCAUCAAGACACUGAAUGGACUUGGAAUGAAUAUCUUCCGGGUGGGUUUCCGCAUGGAGCGAUUGUCACCCAACUCCUUGACAGGAGCACUGGAUGAUUCCUAUUUGGGUAAUCUGACUUCUGUGGUGAAAGCUAUCACCGAUAUGGGAGCUCAUGCUGUGCUUAAUCCGCAUAAUUACGGAAGAUACAAUGGCGACAUCAUCUCGAGUACUUCAGACUUCCAGACUUUCUGGAAGAAUGUCGCAGGCGAAUUCGUGUCCAACAAGCUUGUUGUGUUCGACACCAACAACGAGUUUCACGACAUGGACCAGGAUCUUGUGUUGAAGCUCAACCAGGCAGCCAUCGAUGGUAUUCGUGCAGCUGGAGCAACAUCCCAGUACAUCUUUGUUGAGGGCAACUCCUACACAGGCGCCUGGACUUGGACGGACGUCAACGACAACCUGAAGGACCUCACGGACCCGCAAGACAAGAUCGUGUACGAGAUGCACCAAUACCUUGAUUCGGAUGGAUCAGGAACGAUCGAAACAUGUGUGUCGACCACGAUUGGAAAGGAACGCGUGACAGCCGCGACGCAGUGGCUGAAGGAUAACAAGAAGGUCGGAGUCUUGGGCGAGUUCGCCGGUGGUGUGAAUGAUCAGUGCAAGACGGCUAUCACUGGGAUGCUGGAUUAUCUUGGCGAUAACACGGACGUCUGGCUGGGUGCGCUGUGGUGGGCGGCCGGUCCUUGGUGGGGUGAUUAUAUCUUCAGUAUGGAGCCGACGAGUGGCACCGCAUAUGAGGGUAUGCUGUCGACACUGAAGCCAUACUUCGUAUGA